AUGAGCUAUUCCAAUGAUAAUUUGACGACGACGAUACAAGAUGUGCAAGAAGCGAACGCCCUCAAAGACCAAGAAGAGAUAUCAGAGAUAUUGAGGAUAAAGAUCGAAGUAUGCAUCUAUGUAAUCGUCUUCUUCGUCGGUGGCCCUCUCAACCUAAUGGCCCUAUCUCGUUCCCUUCGAGCCUUCUCGCGAGCCCACAAAGCAAAAAGUCAGAUUCUCCUCCUCCGAAUAACCCUGAAUCUUGCGGACCUGAUGACCCUAUUUCUCUACGUACCUAAACAAAUCAUUUGGCUGAUAACUUAUCAGUGGUACGGUGGAGAAUUCCUCUGUCGAGCGUGCGCCUUCUUCUCCACUUUCUCCUUCUACUUGAACUCAUUUGUCAUUGCGUGUAUUGCCAUCGAUCGAGUCUUCGGAGCAGUCAACAUCAGCUCGCUUAAUGCGCAUCGAAAGGCUUAUAUCAGAUGUCGGAAUCUAUUGGGAUGUGGAUGGGUUUUGGCUUUUUUGUUGUCGCUGCCGCAAGCGGUUGUUUUCACAACGACUAGUCCCUAUGAGAACAUUGAUUUCAAACAGUGUGCUACAAUCUUCAUGAUCUUCCUUCACGAGAAACGCAUCGAGUACCAAGACCCGUUGACAACCGACGCACGACGUCAACAAAUCGACGAGGAAGCCUAUCUCAUGGAACGAUGGGAGAAGAUGUAUGCCAUCAAUCAUUUCCUAUUCGUCUUCUGGAUUCCAUGUAUCAUCAUCAUUGGCAGCUACGGUGUAGUCCUCGUGCUCCUUCAGAGACAUCUCAAGCAAGACAAAUCUCCAUGGUGCUCCAUCUUCUCGAUCUUCAGUUUCCGCGUGAAGUCGUCAUGCGAACUGAUGACCCUCGAUGAGACACAAUCUACUACAACCAGAAGUCCAACGCGGUCGACCUAUUUGCUAGCUCAAGAGGAAUCAUACGCCCUUAAAUCGUGCUCCUCCUCCUAUGAAUUCGAGUCUUACCCAACACAACAGCCCGUUCGAAGUGGAUCUUUCCGAUCUAGAAGCUCUAAUGGUGGAAGUGCAAAGUUCGGAGCCAUGGCAGUUACCACUAUCCACAGAGCCAAGCAGCACGCCAAACGACAAGCCGCACUGAUCAUUGUGGCGUAUCUGUGCAUUUGGAGCCCUUACAACUUGUUCACCGUACUCAACCUAGUUGGAUUGCCUAUUAUGGAAGAGCUACGUCACUUUUUGAGCUUUCUAAAUGCGGCGAUUUGUGUGAAUACUGUAGUCAACCCCAUCAUCUAUGGUGUCUUCGCACUGCCAACAAGGAAGGAAAGAGAAAGGAGUGGAACUUGA